AGGCUGUUAUUCGUGUUCCCACCUGUAGAGUGACUUCAGAGUCAAAACAAAACACUUCUGGAAAGUCCUUCUGAUAUGAAGCUAAAAGCAAGCUAACCCGCUAAUGCACGUAGCUACGAGUAACGUUCGCAAAGUUGUUUCCAAGUGGUAUUUGAAUUGACUUAAUUAGUGCAUUUUGGUGGAUACACUUUAUUAUGGAGAUCUCUCCAAAGUUGCGCUCUUUCUACAACUUCUUCGGGUGCGUGUUUGUGGCAUAGCUGAAAAGCUAACGUUUUUCUAGGAAUAGCAGUUAGCUUAACGUUGGACCCCCGACACAAAAGUGAGCCUCCUGUGAGCCUUUCCGCACCGCAGACGUUUGUGGCACAACGUUAACUCGCUGGUUUGUGUCGACAGUGGCACCCUGAACAUGUCUAUCCUGGGAUUAAAGAAGAAACAGCCCAAGACUUUCAAAGUCAAAGUUAUCACCAUGGAUGCUGAGAUGGAGUUCAGCUGUGAGGUGAAGUGGAAAGGGAAGGACCUGUUCGACCUGGUGUGUCGCACUGUUGGUUUGCGUGAGACUUGGUUCUUUGGACUCAGGUACACCGUAAAGGACACUUACGCCUGGCUGAAACAAGAGAAACGGGUGUUGGACCAGGAGGUUCCCAAGGACUCUCCUAUAACAUUUCAUUUCCUGGCUAAAUUCUUCCCAGAAAAAGUAGAAGAAGAGCUGGUCCAAGAGAUAACUCAGCACCUCUUCUUCUUACAGGUGAAGAAACAGAUAUUAGAUGAGGAGAUAUUCUGUUCCCCUGAAGCAUCUGUUCUCUUGGCAUCAUAUGCAGUCCAGGCCAAGUACGGAGACUAUGAUCCAAACUUUCACAAGCCCGGCUUUCUGGCACAAGAUGAGCUUUUGCCAAAAAGAGUUUUGAUGCAAUACCAAAUGACGGCAGACAUGUGGGAGGAGAAAAUCACAGCUUGGUAUGCAGAACACAGAGGCAUCGCCAGAGAUGAGGCUGAGAUGGAAUACUUAAAGAUUGCUCAGGACCUUGAGAUGUACGGCGUCAGCUACUUUGCAAUUACACAAAAUAAGAGAGACACAGACCUGUUACUUGGAGUGGACGCUCAAGGUCUCCACAUCUACAACCCCAACAGCAAACUCAACCCCAACAAAUCCUUUCCUUGGAGCGGCAUUCGUAACAUCUCUUACAGCGAAAAGGAGUUCACAAUCAAACCUCUGGAUAAGAAGAAAGAUGUUUUCAAGUUCUACUCGUCUCAACUGCGCGUGAACAAGCUGAUCCUGCAGCUGUGCAUCGGUAACCACGAUCUAUUCAUGAGGAGAAGGAAGGUGGAUUCCAUUGAAGUGCAACAGAUGAAGGCUCAAGCCAAAGAGGAGAAGGCCCGCAAGAAGAUGGAGCGUCAAAUCCUGGCGAGGGAAAAACAGAUGAGAGAGGAAGCAGAACGGGCGAAAGAGGACAUGGAACGAAGACUCUUCCAGCUGCAGGACGAGGCUCGACUGGCCAACGAUGCUCUGCUGCGAUCUGAGGAGACGGCAGACCUGCUGGCAGAGAAGGCUCAGAUUGCUGAAGAGGAGGCCAAGCUGUUGGCUCACAAGGCUGCAGAAGCUGAGCAGGACAGGCAGAGGUUAGAGGUCACCGCCAUGAAGACCAAGGAGGAGAAAAGGCUGAUGGAGCAGAAGAUGAGGGAAGCGGAGCAGCUGGCUGUUAAACUGGUGGAGCAGUCUGAGAGAAGGUUGAAGGAGGCGGAUCACCUGAAACAGGACUUGACCGAGGCAAAGGACGCCGAGCGGAGAGCCAAACAGAAGCUGCUGGAGAUCACAAAAACAACAUACCCUCUCAUAGCUGCCUACUCUGCUCCCCCUGCACCUCCUGCCCCUCCUGAAGCCGCUGACAUGGCCUACGAUUCAGCACCGUCGCGCCUCGACUUCAAGGACUCCGACAUGAAAAGGCUGUCGAUGGAGAUCGAGAGAGAGCGGCUGGAGUAUAUGGAGAAGAGUAAACACCUGCAGGACCAGCUGAAGGAGCUGAAGACCGAGAUCGAGUCUCUGAAGCUGGAGGAGCAGCAGCAACAGGCCGGCGUGUACAGCCUCCGCAACGAGGCCCGGGGAUACGCGCAGGAGCCCGCCUACGCACCUCACAGCAACAGAAACUCUGCGUACAUGUCUCAGAUGGGCUACUUUGAAGAGGUGUGAUCGUGGGCCUGCGACACGAGGAAGGAGGGCACCAGCGGUUGGGAUUCAGUGCUUUCUCCACAUGUUUGGUUGUCGUUUCCACAAGGCUGAAACUAACCCGACGGACACAUUCACCACGACUGUGUGCUAUGGAACUUCUUUAAAUGUAUCCUUGACAACAAACAGCCACUAGUCUGGUUUAAAGCACAGGUCGUACCACCUGCUGCACCACAGCACCUUCCACGUUACUUUAUAUAGAAUGAAUACACCAACACUGAUGGAGGGCGUGGUGCUGAAGACGGCUGUAUUCUUGUGGUUUUAAGGGAUACUUAGGUGGAAGAUACCAGAUAUUAUAUCAUAACACAAGUUACACCUUAAUGCCUAUACAUUUACAAGCUUGAGUGUGAGAAGUUUUUAUAUUGGCUUGAACUUUAUUUUUUACUAUUAUGUUAGGAGUUACUACGGUUCUAUUUGCUUUCAAUGUGUCUUAGCGUUAUAAUCUUACAGAUUCAUUGCCUUCCACCUCUUUUUUCCCCCUCAGCUCAUGUACUUCUCAGGGUCAGUGUGGGGGACAAUCACUACAGUUAGAAACUAACGGGCUUUCCCUGAACUCUUAGGGUGUCAUCGACGUUGGCCUUGUUGAACGUGCUGCUUUUGUUUAACUUGAUUAGGUCCAAUACUAAUUCACAUGGUAAAGAUUGACGGCGGUGUGUGCAAUGUAUUUCACAAAUGUAGACCUGCAUAAAGUAAAGUUUACUCUGUUACACUCCUUGCAUCCUCUGAAAAGGGAGAGGCUGAAUGCAAAACGCACACACACUACAUGUUGUGUAUUCGAUCGGCCCAUUUAAUAGACUGAACAGUGCCAAUUUGUUUAUUUUGGCCUAUUGGUUUAAAUGGCAUUGUGUCAAAUGUCUUGUUUUAAACUAUUGCAUAAGUGCUUCAAUUUGUUUAUUUAUUUGUCCUAUAAAUCCUUAAAUAACAUCGCCAUGUUUUUCUUGAGGUAAUUGGGGGAGUUUAAUAUGUUCUUUUUCUAGUAUUCGAUUCUCUUGUCAAAUUCAAUUCCAUUUUUACACCUAAAACAGUAUUGUACCCAUGGGGACAUUUUAUUUUCCUCAAAUUCGUGCAUAGAAGUUAAUUGCAACAGUGAUCUUACAGCAUGCUGACAUGGUUGCCUCAAAAAAUGUCAUAAAUGUCAUUUGUCAACGUUUUUAAUAAUAGAUUCUUAAGAAUCUGCUGUGCAGUUACAUCAAACAGUAAAAAACUUGAUGGAUAAAAAAAUAACUAAGCUGGGCCCAGUCUUUGAAAUGUUAUAUUUAAUUUCCUGCCACACAGAAUGAUCAUAGGGACCGACCGGCUUGUUUCAAAGCACCAUGCAAACAGUGGAUCUCUUUCUGGCAUUAAAACAUGUUAAAACUUCAUAAAAGGCCCAUGAACCACUUUAACAGUACUCAAAAUGUUCUUUCAGGUGCAAGACUGUCAAACCCACACUACAAAAGUCCUGCAUUCUAGUUUUCACUUCAAGUUUGGAUUAAAAGAGGUUGUCAGCACAAUAGACAGAAAUUCACUUCAAGUCUUAAAUAUGGAGUUUCCAAUUCUAAUGUGAUGCUGUAUUUUUAAGUGAACAUUAAAAUAUUUUAUUGGUUAUGUUUCAAGUUUCUGAAUCUAUAAUCUAACCAGUAAUAUUUUGCCAUCGUAUAUGAGAAUGAAUUUACUGUGAUGUAGAAGUACACUAAAUACUAUGGUUAGACAAAUGUAAGAAAAAUUGAAUAAAUGAGUUAUGGGGGAAAGA